AUGAUUUAUCAGCAUUAUCGUCGUAUCACCAGAAAUAAAAUUCAGCCUUUUUGCAGAAAUCUGACUCAACGUUACUCUGGACUAUUCUUACUGGUUCUCGUAUGGUUUCUAUUUGCCCGUACUACUGUGAUGGAAUCACCAGACAUGUUACCAUGCCAAGGUUGGUUUCCUUACAAUUAUUCAAGACCAGCUGUCUACACGAUCACCGCUGUCUAUCAGCUUUGUGCUAUCUGUAAUGCUGCUGUGACCAAUCUGGCUUUUGAUCCAUUGCUACCCUGCAUCUUCUACUACAUUUGUGCACACAUCAAGAUACUCAAGCUUCGGUUCAAUACUUUGCUAAAAAAGUUAGAAAACUUUGAUGUCAACAAUAAUGACACACUGGUCAAUAAGCUGCAGAUAGAAGAGAAGCUAAUCAGUGAGUGGGUGAAUUACCACAUCGAUAUUCUAAGUUGGGCUGAUAUGAUAAACGUGACAUUUUCUAAAGUUGUCAUGGUCCAGUAUUCUUCUAGCUCUUUCAUUCUUUGUGCUCUUGCCUACUUGACUUCACAUACUCCAAUAGGUUCCGUGGACUUCAUUCGAAACUUGACCUUUCUCCUGGUGAUGUAUAUUCAAAUAUAUGUCCAAUGUGUAGCUGCUGAUCGCAUGACUGUUGAGUUUGCUGAUAUUGCCAUUGAAAUUGGAACAGCAAAAUGGUUCAAUUUGAGCUACUCUGCUCAGAAAUACGUCGUGAUCAUCCUAGCGAAAUCCAUGAAGCCAGUUGUUUUCACUUGUGGAUUCUUUUUGUCUUUGUCUCUGGAGUCAUUUAUGAAGAUGACAAUUCUUGAAAGGAAUUUUUUCUUCCUUAGUCUAGUUGGUCUUUGGAAACCAGUACACUUUGAAGGAUGGAAAUCAAUAUGUUAUUUAAUAUAUCACUUGAUAGUGCUUUUUACAUUGUUAUUAUUCUUAGCAUCUGGGUUUAUGGCAAUUAUGACGACUGCUUUCGAAUUGCAUUCAUUUAUUGACAAUGUUUCUCUAUUGCUCAGUUUAGUUACAGGAGGUAUGAAGAUCGGGUGCUUGAUCUUCAGUCGUAGUUCACUUAUUAAAAUUGAAGAGCGUCUUGAGAAGAGGCUUUUGAAACCUGAAGAUCAUGAAGAACAGAUGAUUUAUGAACGUUAUGUACAAAUGACGAGGUAUAUUUUCAAGUACUAUCCAAUGGUCUUCAUCGUCGCAAUAACCUGGUACUCAAUUGCCCACAUUGCCAUCAUGGAUCCACCUAAUGUUUUACCUUACGUUGGUUGGUUUCCCUACAACUAUUCCACCAGAAGCAUUUAUUGGCUCACAGCUUGUAACCAGCUUUAUGCUAUCUGCAAUGCUGCAACAACUAAUCUCUCUUUCGAUCCCUUGCUGCCGUGCAUGUUAUGUUACAUCUGUGCUCAUGUGAAUGUUCUCAAACAUCGGUUCAAUACCAUCUUGAAGAAAGUAGAGAAGAUUGCUGAUGAUGAUGGUUUCUUUAAACUGGAUACUGAAAGGAAGCUUAUUGGUGAUUGGGUUGAGUAUCAUAUUGAAAUCCUAAGCUUGGUAGAAUUCAUAAACUCCGUAUUCACCAACGUUAUAUUCGUCCAAUAUUUUGGUAGCGCAUUCCAGCUUUGCACCAUUGCCUAUUUAUUGUCUCACAGUUCAGUCAAGUCCAUGGCAUUCUUGGGAAACCUUAGUUAUUUUCUAGCAAUGAACUUUCAAAUUUUUUUCCAAUGCGUAAAUGCUAAUCGGAUGACUGUAGAGUUUUCAGAUAUGAGCGAAGAAAUAGGAACUACCAAUUGGUUCAGUCUUAGUAACAGUGGGCAAAAAUGUAUGGUAAUCAUUUUAGCUAAAUCAAUGAGACCAAUUAUAUUCACUAGUGGUUUCUUCUUGACUCUAUCACUGGAAUCAUUCACCAAAGUCAUCAAAUUAUCUUAUACAGUGUACAAUGUGCUAGAAUGAUGAGUUUUUAUAUUUAUUAGAUACAAAUAAAUGAC